UCUUCCAGAUUACCGAACUCGCUGCUUGUAGAAAAUCCAUUGCAGUGUACUUGUUGAGAGAGAGAAAGAGAGAGAGAGAGAGAGAGGAAUGGCUGAGGCAACAGCGGAAUCGGUCGGAGCCGCCGCGACGGUUUCGGAGACGAAGCAGAACCACCGGCUGGAGAGGAAGUGGACGUUUUGGUUCGAUAAUCAGUCGAAGCCCAAACAACAAGGGGCCGCCUGGGGAUCCUCGCUUAAAAAAGUCUACACCUUCGACACCGUCGAAGAGUUUUGGUGUUUGUACGAUCAGGUAUUUAAGCCCAGCAAGUUUACUGCCAAUGCUGAUUUUCAUCUGUUCAAAACUGGGGUUGAACCUAAAUGGGAAGAUCCUGAGUGUGCUAAUGGAGGCAAGUGGACCGUGACCAGCAGUAGAAAGGCUAACCUUGAAAACAUGUGGCUUGAAACUCUGAUGGCAUUGAUUGGUGAGCAAUUUGACGAGGGUGAUGAGAUCUGUGGGGUUGUUGCAAGUGUGCGUCAAAGACAGGAUAAAGUAUCAUUGUGGACUAAGACAGCAACCAAUGAGGCUACUCAGAUGAGCAUUGGGAGGAAAUGGAAGGAGAUUAUCGAUGUUACUGAUAAGAUUUCUUACAGCUUUCAUGAUGAUUCAAAAAAGGAAAGAUCAAUGAAAUCUCGAUACAGUGUUUAAACUCCCUCAGUUGAUUAUUGAGCUCUGGUUUCAGUUCCCAGCCGCUACAAGUUCAAUACCGUGCCACUUUUGAUGACUUUGGUCACUGCCCAUUUGAUUCAAUGGUUUUGCUACUGAGAGAGUUUUUUGAUGUAAAAUUGUAUCCUAUAAAAGUUAAAACAUCCAACAAUCCUACAUUCUUUUUUAUGGCUUGUCUGUUAACAAUGUACAAUUCAGAAAUUUUGGAACAAAGUACGCCAAUUUGCUGCCUUAUGCAAAGAGCUCUUAAAUUGCUGGAAAUAUAUUCCAACAUUCAAUAGGUCUCUGAGAUGUGAACAAUCUGAUAGCUGAUUUCCUCUUGUGUGGUGAGUGGGGAUUCUUGAUUUUCCCAGUUGACAAACAAUCCCUUCUUUGCUGGAAAUAUGUUCCCACAAUUUUAGCAAAACUAAUGGAUUUAAAGUGCAGAAAGAAACAGGCUUCCAUACGGUUUACAUUCCAACUACCAAAGUAUGUGUUUGAGCACCUCAAACUAUGAACUCAGAUACAUAGACCCUCUUGAAAACAGAGAAAUUACAUGGCUCUUUCCAUCAAGCAAGGAACCCAAGUCUUUCUCCAUUCUUUUUCGCUAGUCGAAUCAGUCCUUGUCUCUGUUUUGCAUCUGCUCCUAUUGAUUUGCAGAAUUCAGUAAUAACCUGUAAACACACAACAAACAAACCAUACUAUGAUUGAAAUGAUUUGAGCAUAUAAAAGAAGAAAUUGAUAGAAGUGGAAGAAAAUUUGAAGGAAGCCUGAAACUGUACCUGAGAGUGCAGAGCGAUGGCUUUGCCUCGGAACUGAUUGAACCGCUUCUUGCCGAUGAUAUUACGCGUCAGAACGACGACUGGGGCGAAGAGACCCUUCCCUUCAUUGACAUUCUUCAUCACCGGCAUCGACCUUACCGGCUUCCCAACUCGAACGCGCGCCGGGACUGACUUGGUCAGCAUGGAGUACUCUCCGCCGGAGAUCGAUGAUCCCCAGCUCCCAUGGAAGGAUGACGAACACAACCCUUCUCUGAACCCAGUCGCAGAAAUGGAAGUGGCCAUUGGAGAAGAGCACAAAGAGCUAGCUAGUUGCACAAGCGCCCUCCACCUGCUCGAUAAAGUGCCCGUAAGCUCUUUCCCCUCCUCUUUCUGUUCUUGCUCAAAACUUCCCGUGACAGGUGUUUGGUGCCUGGCUCUCCAUGCGUUGUUGUGGGUGCAAUCUUGAGGGCCAUGGCUUUUUAUUUGGUUGAAAUGGUGAGAGAGAAAAAGAACUAAGUGGUGAACUGAGAGCCACACAUGCCGAUUGCUUGGAUUUUUGUUCUGAUUUUUCUAGCUUCGUCUUCCUUAUGGUCUACAUUUUCAUCCGGUUGCUGGGCUCCACCGCAACUACCUGCGAUCAUGGCCGUCCAGUUUGAAUACCUCCUCGGCAAGUCUGCAUCAAUGGAUGGUGUGAACAGUUUGCGUUGAUUAGACUGUUCAAAGCCAAAUGCAUUCAAGAGGGGACCUCGGAGAUGGAUGGUGGACCGUGACCAUCUAGGCGACGGCAGCGGUGAGAUUUGAACCCCAAAAUUUCAGUCAUUUAGGUACGUGCCACGCGUCACAUUUUGGGUUACAAUUGUUAAUGCGUCUUAAGUUAUUAUAAACUUUUAAUAUUAUUUAACAUUAGGCUAUUUUAGUUAAUUUUGGCAUUUCAAUAUUUAAAAUUAAAAUGAUUUUAUUAUUUUUUAAUUUUUUUUUGGACUUAAUUCGAUUUUAUUAUAUAUUAACAAAUUGGUUUAUAAUUGAUUUGAUGGUUGUUUCAAACUAAGGGUAGAUACAGGGCCUGUCGGGCUAGGCUGGCUUGGCCCAAGUUGGGGCCAAUUGUGACCUUUUCAAGUCCGGCCAUUAGGAGGUGGAAAUGGCCGACAAAAACACAAAAACUUAUUUAAGAAAACAUAUUUCUAAUAUUCUAAUAACUAUUUGUAGUAGUUAUAAUAAUUUUUUAAGGAGAAAUAAUAUUUAAUAUAUUAUAGGUAGCUAGAUAAUCUUAAUUAAAAUAAAUAAAAUGACACUUGAUGAGAUGAUUUAUAAACUAAGUUACACGAAAAUAAAAAUAAAAAAUAAAUAUAAUAUAGAAUAGAAAUGAAAAAAAUGAUAUUUUUUAAAAAAUUAAUAAAUGAAAAUGCGGUAAAAAUCUUAAAUAAAAAAAUAUAUGUGAUUUUUUGUAAAUAUAAUUUUUAAUAUAAAAAAUUAUAAAAAAUAGUUAUUCAAAAUAAAAUAAACAUAAAUUUCAUAAUACAUCUAAAUAAAAUUUGAAAAUAAAUUAAAAUUUUUAAGAUAGAGACAAAAAAAAAUAUGAUAUUUUCAAUCCUAAACUCAUGAUCUCUAAUUUUUUCAUAAACAUAAAUACGUUUUUAAUAUUUUUUUAAUAUUAUAAAACAAACUUGAAAUAUUUUUUGACAUUAUAAAAUGAUUUAAAAACGUAUUUUGAUAUUUUAAAAAUAAAAACAUUUUUAAAAUUCAAAAACGACACCCUUUCAGUACUAUAAAUUCCUCUCCAAGGUGAUUAAAUCUUUUAACAUUGCAUAAACCAGGGGACUUAACCCUAACUUAGCCUUAAUCUUUUAACUUCUAUUUCUUUUCCAUUUUGUUCCAAACAUAGCCUUAAUGUCUUCUUCAAAGUCAACCCCUCUCUUCAUCAGGAAAACGUCGCCGGAGAUUUUCUCAGUUCUCUUAAAGAGUUAACCCUCAAUUGGUGAGUUUUCAUUGAAUAGUUUGGACACCAGAUUAUUUGAAUUGAGCAGACAAUUCUUUGAAUUCUCUUUCGGGCCUUCUUUUCACAAUCAACAAAAAGCAAAUCACGAAGCAGACACACUCUUAUGGGGUCAUUGGCCGCACACUUCACCGCAUUCCUCCUCCUCUUUCCGGUGGGCAUCCGCCGAAUGCUCUGCUCCUUCUCACAAUUCCUCAAAAAUCCAUCUCUAUACCGAUCAAAGUCAUGGUAUUUCUGGGAACCCAAAUGGAAAAACUUUGAUCUUUAUUUUCUUCUCAUUGUUUUGCCCAUUGCCUCAUUCUCUGACCUUUUCUUCUUCCUCACAUUCUCCGGCCACCCCACGUACCGAUUCUUCUUCUUGCAGCAGUCAGCAGUUGUUUCUCUCUUCUGGGUGCUCCUCGUUCUCAUUAUUUUCCGGGAAAAUUUUGAUCCUUUAGCCAUUCCUGAGAAUUUCAUAUUUGUUUUCGCUGCUAUAUCUUUUAUUGUCGAGUAUAUGUUGAUGGAUGAAGGAAUUGCUGAUCUUGGUAGUGUUGUCUAUGGAUUGAUGGGUGGAUUAACCCUUGCUUGUGCUGCUUGUUGCUUGUAUCUUUCGAUUAGACCGGUGGCGUUUUUUGCUGAAUUUUUGUUGUCUUCUGGACUCGUGUUUAAGGGGACUUGGACAUUGCAAAUUGGGUUAUCUCUUUAUACUGGUACAUUUGGAUUGAAAGGGUGUGACAAGAUUUCUAUGUCUCCAGCUCAAGGAAAGACUGAUUUUAAGUGUGACCUUCAAGAUGAUAAGUCAAGAGCUAUUGCUUUGGUGAAUCUCUUGUUCGUUGGGCAUGCUACUGCGAUAUUGGUUACGGGUUUUGUGUUGUUUGGAUUGCUAUCUCGGCAUAGCAGCUUGAGGUGUGGCGAGGCAAGUGGACCGUUGCUAGCUGGACUUGAAUCUGAGAGUUUGCAAAUGCGCCCAAUUCCAGAAUUUGAACUGGAAUGAGAGGGUGGACGGAAUUUAUCACUUUUGAGUUGUUAGAAGUUUUGUUCUUUUUAUACAGGAAGAUAGUGUUAACCUUUCUUGUUUUCUAAUUCCUCCAUCAUAUACAUGUUGUUGGGACAGAUUUUGUUUUUCAUGCAUCCGCUGAAUGAAGAUUACUUGUUAGCAGUGCUGCUUUAAACUUGUUUACAUAGUUGCAUUAUGUAUUAAAUUACUGGUGUCAUAGAUUAACCAAAGCAAACUGUGUUUAAAUUGUAUUCAACAAGCAAUCAGUUUUAGAAAAUACUGCAAAAUGGUGUUUCUCUCAGAGCUCUGCAGUCACACGUGAUCUGUAAUUUUAGGCCAUCUUGUACCCAGACUUUAGUUGAGGUCCGUGCUUUGGUGGUUUAUUGACUCUGUAGUUAAAGCACACACUCCAAAUGUAUGGCCAUAAUAACUCAAUCUUAAGGGUGGUCCCAGUCUUAUCAUUGUUUCAGUCACACAACACAUAUGCAUGCCUAUUAUUGAUAAAGAGAAAUAUAAUUGGCAAAAAGGCACAAUGAAAUCUACUGUGCUCAUCUUAUACAAAUCUUAUGCUCUAACUGUUGACUAGAAUUGGAGGGGUCCUCACUUGGUUUUAAAGUCAUGUUAUAGAAUCUAAUGACCUGCAGUAUGUGUGGCACAAGCUGCAUCAUUAGUGCAUGAUUCAGCAUCUAGAAUUAAGGUAAAUGAUCCAAUAGGAGGUGCUUGCUUUAACAUUCUGGGUUUGAAGAAAUCCCAAAGGGACUCAGUUACAAGAGUUGCAAAAAGGUAGCAGCAGCAAGAGGAUAGUUGAGGUUUUGCAUAUUUGAAUCUGAAUUCUGGACUGCCUAUAUUGGCGAGUAGGCAAUUGAACCCAUACUUGAUUAAACUUACUGGAAGAUAUUUCAGCGUUGCAUUUCAUGGGAGCACUAGAUUUCCAGAUUGAAGAACCAGAAAAGGGAUUUCAGGGUGGAGAAGUGACAGCUCCCAACCGAACUAUCUCAGAACCCACACCUUCAAAAUGUUCAUUGCAGGACCCAUCACUGGAUAUCUACCUGGAAAACAGCUCAAUUGCCCAAAGAGUUCCUUCUUCAUGCAGAUUGCCUCCAGUUUGUUCAGCCUUGAACUGAAGAAAAUAUUUCCACCUCCUCUACCGGCAUUUGGCACCUAGCUUCGGCAUCAAAAUUCAAGUGGUUUUGAAUAGCAGGUCACUUUUGUGCCCAAUCUUGUAAUGCACAGGAUCAAAAUAAUUUACUCUUCUCGUGUUUCUAGAGGUUUGCUUCUUUAUGAAGCUGCAAUAAGUCAAUAACAGUUUGCAUUGGCAUGUAAUGACUGAAAAUUCAUCACUCCUGUAUUUCCAAUAUUUGAAUUACUGGUCCUCCUGUUUCUCCA